AUGGGCACAGCACAGCACAGCGAUCAGCGAUCAGCACAGCACAGCGAUCAGCACAGCACAGCUCAGCAGCGCACGGCACCCUCCAGCCCAGUUGUACAUUUUCGUAUGGGCGGGUGCACGGCUGCAGCGGUAGUCAGCAGUCAAGGCAGCCGGGUGAAGCUGACGCCACAGACCUUGAAAAAAACAGGCAUGCGGAGGUGGAGCUGCGCGUCAGAUAUCGCGCCUGUAACUGUAGGCUUUAUGAGCGAAACGAAAGAAAACCAAAGUUUUCUGUGUAUUUGCCGAGCUUCAGAAGCAGAGUCGCUCGGUAACCAGGCUCGCCCCCUCCCACGGAAGCAAGCACUAACUUUCCUGCCUGCAGGUACCCCUCCGUCUGAACGACCCCUAAGCGGGGUUGGAAUCCACAGCAUCCACAUCGAACACGUACGGGCCAAGGAAGGGCAUCUGUACCCGGACAGGAAAACACAGCACAGCGAGGCGUGCAUGGGGUAUCAGGGGGUUUCACAGGGCGGUGUGCAGCCAUCACAAGCCUCUCUUCCUGCUGCUUUCCUGCCUUCCUGCAGCCUCCCUAUCCACAAUCACAUCGGCCCUCUACCUACUUACCUACCGGGGUACCUACCUCUACAUAUGCAAAUAACGACCGGCGUCAUGAUCAAGCGGCCGCCACACCCUAUUACCUAG